GUUUGGAGCAGGCGGUUUAGGGUCACCAUGACAACACCAAGCUCACCCGGCUAAAGACUGCUCUGCUUGUUUUAAGACGUCCUAAAAUCGAUGAACUGUUAAGGUUUUCCUCUUCUGAAGACAAGCUACAGUCAAAGGAAGGUGCCAUGUCUGAUGUGCUGAAAGAGAAAACCCAAAAAAGAGAGAAGAAGACAGGCAAGGGGGCCUCCGAGGGAAGCCAUGGGGUCAGAGGCAAAGAUACAAGGACCAAGGACUCUGUCAGUACCGUGUCGUGCUUAACUGAACUAGGACACCAUGAUGACAACACUCGGAUGGUCGUUUCAAUGGAGAACACCUACCAGUUGGGACCUUACAAACGCUUCCCCGUCCCUGCUGUCACAGACAUACUGAAGGAUGUGCUCACCACUUACCUCCAAGAAGAAAAAUAUGAAGGAGAGUGGUCUCAAAAAAUGACCAAAACAAUAUGUGAGGUGAUAAGAGCCCAGGUCAAGGAGCUGAUGAUACCCAGAUAUAAAAUUGUGGUCCUGGUUCACAUUGGGCAGCUUACUGGACAGAGCAUGCAGAUCAGCAGCCGCUGCCUGUGGGACGCGUCGAAUGACACUUCUGCCUCUUACUCCUUCCAGAACAGCUCUUUGUUUGGUGUGGCAACUGUCUAUGGUGUUUACUAUGACUGA